GGGACCGAAGCAGGGACCGGGGUCCUUUACCUCCGAGGUAGAGGGUUCCUACGUGCUGCCCUCACCAUGCUGCCGUCGCGAAUCCACCCUGGGCGGUUUCUGUCCGCCGCCCCGCUCCGCCGCCCCACGCGUGGAGCCGCUGCUGCAGCCGGGGAGCCCGCACGGGGCCCGGGCACCGCCCGCGCUGAGCAGGCUCACAAAGUGGUUGCAAGCUACAAACCUUCAAAGUUUGACAAAAAAAUUCUCCUCUGGACUGGACGUUUCAAGACAGAAGAAGAGAUUCCUCUAAGGAUCCCGCCAGAGAUGCUAGACAGGGCAAGAAACAAAGCUCGAGUUAAAGCUUGUUACAUCAUGAUUGGACUCUCAAUCGUUGCCUGUUUUGCAGUGAUUGCCUCAGCUAAGAAGGCUGCUGCUCGGCAUGAGUCCUUAACAAGCUGGAACAUGGCAAAGAAAGCCAAGUGGCGGAAAGAGGCGGCGAUAGCAGCGGAGUCGAAGGCAAAGUAACUGCAUGAGAUGCCAAACAUCUCCGUAGGAGCAAAUAUUAACUUGCUGCGAGGGCUUAGUGAGCUUAUUCACCAAUAAAUAGAACAACUGUAGUAUUGCACAUGCUGAAGCCAAUAAAGGUAGGCACAGGAUCACAAAAAGAAAGUGAGGGUCUCUAUUAUUAGAGAGACACUCAAGGUACUCGUUGCUAAUUAUUAAUGUUUUGCACCUAAUUAAAAGCAGUAAUUAACAUCAAAGGAGAUGAGGUACUUUCCUCAAAACGUCAGCUAUGGGGGGAGCCAAGUUUCCACUAUUUGUCUUUAAAACUUUCUUCCAGGCGUAUCUUGAGCUGUUACACAGAGCCGUAUGGAAAAGGUAGCUGUAUUUUUCAAUGAGAGCUUAAAUGCAGGGAAGACAAAGCAGCAAUGAAGGUGUGAAAGCUGCACAAAUAACUAGACUUAUCCAAUUAAUUUUUGCAGUUCUAAAUAAGGAACAGUAAUCAGUCAAAAUAUUACAGAUCUAUGAGAAGAGCUUUGGAGAAGUGAGGAAAGGGGAAAUGGCCUGAUAAUCUCAGAUUCUCAAGUCCUUACAAAUUUCAUAGGAAUACCCAAAGAAAUGGUCAGUUCUUCAUGCAAGAUUGAGAUUAUCACACAAGCGUAUGUUUGGCAAGAUAUUGACAAAACACAUAAAUUCAGAAAGUUUUCUGUCUGGUGACAGUUCCUAGUUUUACAAUGCACAAAUCAGCCAGCUUGAAUUCAUCUGCCUUAACACUAUAUUCAAAAUGGCAUUAGUGUUUUCUUGUUUAAGAAGCCACACUUACUGAAACACUAAAAAAAAUACAAUUAGCCUCUGUAAAAUAACUUUUAUUGGUUUCUGCAUGGUAUUCCAAGAUUUAACAUUCCAUAAUAUUGCAUACUACUCAUAUGUGUUCUGUUACAGUAACAGGCCUUUAGCCUGAAUUUAAAGAUGCACUAUUACUAUCUGGAGUUAGUGUAGAUAUUUUAGUUUCCACACAUUAUAUAAAGAUUUUGUGCCAUGAAUAACUGAAAUUUCUCAUUCCAGAUUUCAGUGAACUUUUGAGGUCACAGUUGAACUUCACAUAUAAUUGGCAGACCUAUUACAAAAAUCCUCAGCAAUACAAUUUAGUAAAUUUAAAGCAACUGAGAACUAACCACGAAGGAGAGACAAUAGUGCAUCUUUUAAAAAAUUUUAUUGAAGACAGACCUGACAAUAAAUAUUUUCCAGUUACAAACUUGUUCUACAGCUAACUUAUAUCUGUGCCAACAUUAUUACUAUUUUCUGAUUGCUUCUAGCAACAACGUUUAAAGCAAAUACUAGAAAAUGAAAAAAGCUGUAUGAACCAGUCCUCAGACAAAAGUGCAACAAUGAUAAAAUUGGAUAUGAUUCAGUGUAUUGAGUAGGGAACUAAAAAAAACAAAACCAAACAAAAAUCUUAUGUUUGCAUAGUUGCAUAGAUUAGCUAGUUAGUACUCACAUUUAAG